CAUUUGAGCCCUUCUCUUUCUUACACACAGAAAGCCUCCAACAUGAAGCACAUCAUUCUUUGAUCUUUCCUUUUUUAUUUUUCACUUGAGAUCCAAAAGCAUUUCCACAAACCCAAAAGCCCUUUUGUUCCACUCUUCAAAAUAAAAAAGAAAAACCCAAUCUUUUUCUAUCUUCUAUAAGCAUAAUAAUUUAUGUAUCUCCUGUUUUUAUAGUGUUAAUGGCCUUAUAUAGAUUCUCCAAGUGACUCUCAUUUUCCAGCUCAAUUUUUUAGGCUCAUCCGCCAAAAAGCCAAAAUCUUUUGGCCUUAUUGUGUUUCUUGCCUUCAAAAAAACAAUCAUCUUUUCUGUUUUUCAAAUUUUUUCUAUGUUAUUAGCAAAAAAGUUGUUAAUUUUAGCCUAAACACUUGAACUAGCUAACAUUUGCUGUUGCUUUUGAACUUAAACGUUUUUUUCAAACCAUUUCUUUGGGGGGUUUUUGGUAAGGUGGUUUUGAUUGUGAUCUUGAUAUUUUGGUGAAAAUUUUUCCUUUUUUGGAAUAGUUUUAAAGUCGGGGCUUUUCCUUGGAAUUUGGUCUUGGCAUUACUGGAAUUUUGUUUUUCUGUGAUCUUUUGAUUUGGGUUUUAAGUGCAAAGUGACAUUAGUUUACUAUUGGGGCUCCCUGUUAGAUGCCAAUUGUUUUCUUCCCAAGCUUUUGAUGCUAAGAUGCAGCCUGAUCAGAGAAGAAAGUCUGCUGUGGAUGUAGAUUUUUUCACCGAAUAUGGCGAGGGGAGCAGGUAUAGAAUAGAGGAAGUAAUUGGUAAAGGAAGCUAUGGUGUUGUUUGUUCUGCAUAUGAUACACAUACUGGAGAAAAGGUUGCAAUUAAGAAAAUCAAUGAUAUAUUUGAACAUGUAUCUGAUGCCACCCGGAUCCUUCGAGAGAUUAAACUUCUCAGGCUCCUACGUCAUCCAGACAUUGUUGAGAUCAAGCACAUCUUAUUGCCUCCUUCGAGAAGGGAAUUUAAAGAUAUAUACGUGGUAUUUGAACUUAUGGAAUCUGAUUUACAUCAGGUUAUCAAAGCAAAUGAUGAUUUGACCCCAGAACACUACCAGUUUUUUCUUUAUCAGCUUCUUCGAGGCCUGAAAUACAUUCACACAGCAAAUGUUUUUCACCGGGAUCUAAAGCCCAAAAAUAUCUUAGCCAAUGCUGAUUGCAAACUGAAGAUCUGUGACUUUGGUCUUGCAAGAGUAGCUUUUAAUGAUACCCCCUCCGUGAUAUUCUGGACAGAUUACGUUGCAACGAGAUGGUAUAGGGCUCCUGAAUUGUGUGGAUCCUUUUUCUCAAAGUAUACCCCAGCAAUAGAUAUAUGGAGCAUUGGAUGCAUCUUUGCUGAACUUUUAACAGGGAAACCUCUGUUUCCUGGAAAAAAUGUUGUCCAUCAAUUGGAUCUGAUGACUGAUCUUUUGGGAACGCCAUCUGCUGAAGCCAUUGCUAGGGUACGUAACGAGAAAGCUCGCAGAUACUUGAGCAGCAUGCGAAAGAAAAAGCCCAUUCCAUUCUCCCAGAAGUUCCCUAAUGCAAAUCCUCUUGCACUUCGUUUGCUAGAAAGGAUGCUUGCUUUUGAACCCAAGGAUCGACCUACUGCUGAAGAGGCCCUUGCUGAUCCAUAUUUUAAGGGCUUGGCCAAAGUUGAAAGGGAGCCUUUUGCUCAACCAGUUACCAAGAUGGAAUUUGAGUUUGAGAGACGUAGGAUUACAAAGGAAGAUGUUAGGGAACUCAUAUACCGUGAAAUUCUUGAGUACCAUCCUAAAAUGUUGAAAGAGUAUUUGGAAGGAUCAGAACCAACUGGCUUCAUGUAUCCAAGUGCAGUUGACCAUUUCAAGAAGCAGUUUGCUUUCCUCGAGGAGCACUAUGGAAAUGGUACAACUGCAGCUCCACCUGAGAGACAGCACGCAUCUUUGCCAAGGCCAUGUGUAUUAUAUUCGGAUAAUUCAGUACAAAAUUCAACAGAUUUGACGAAUAACUUAUCUAAAUGUUGCAUCAAGGAGUCUGAGGAACGCCAAACCGAGAGAAGCUGUUGGAUACCUAUGACAAGGCUUCCCCUUCAAGUUCCUCAAAGCAUCCAAGCAGGUGCUCCCAGGCCUGGGAAAGUAGUUGGAUCAGUGUUGCGAUACAACAAUUGUGGGUCAGCAGCAGCAGCUGAGAGUCUUGAACAGCGAAGAAUGGUUCGGAAUCCAACAGGUCCAACUCAAUAUACUGCCACAAACAGUUCAUAUCCACAAAGAAAUCCAGCCAGUAAAAAUGGUAGGAGAGAAGAUGAAAUAGUUGAAAGUUCAAAUGGUUUGCAGCCAAAGCCCCAGUACAUGGCUAGGAAAGUUGCCGCAGCUCAAGGCAGUGGAUCCGGAAGUCAUUGGUACUGACCAAAUAUCAGCUGCCAAUGGCUAACCAAACGCCAGUGGGAAUUUAUUCAGUAAUUGAUCUUACAAACACUAGGGAGCCAUCGGAUGAAGUGAUAUUAUCCGUGCUCCAGCAGAGCUGGUUAAAGAAGAUCAGACAAACUACAAGUUUAGCUAUGAUUUGUAAUUUAUAAAACUAAUCUCAAAGAAUAGAUUAAACAGUGCCUACUACCCUUCACCUCAUGGUUUUCUGGUGCAGAUCAAUGACAAGAUAUAAGAUAUGUGAAGUUACAGAAUGGAGGAAAAGGCCAAGUGAAAUUUAACGUAGCAAGUUCUCUUAUGUUCUCAUUCUUUAUUGAGGUAACUAUGAUGGAUUUUUGUUGUCGUUUCCUUUUACCCUCCUUUUUGUACCCGAAAUAAGUGCUGUUAUUUGUUUCUUAACUUAAACAAGCAUUUCGAGUAAGAAAAUAUGUUGAUUGAUAUCUGAUAUUUGGUCUUAAAAGAGAAACAUGUAUGACUUCUGUAUAUGUUACAAACAUUAUUCCACUUUUACACCAAUCCCAGCAGUCUUCAUUCAUAGUGUUUGAAACUAAGAGGUGACUUAUCAAUUGGCUUCUUGUGAUUGUCACAAAAUUUCAUGGUUCUUACUUCGAGCUUUUAAAGACAAAUAAAUGCAGUAAGCUGGAUUUUUCUUUUUGUCUGCUAUCAAAAAAAUAAAUUACUGACGUGCUGACAUAAGUUUCACAUUCCUAUAUCAAAGA